UUAUAAACUAUUCCAAGUGCAUUUCAAUUUAGAAUGGCUGGGUAUAAGGGUAUUUUAUGUCAGCAACUAAUGUGAAAGAUAAUCAAGUUCAAGUUCGCCCUAGUCAACAUAAAUUUGAAUCACAUCAUAAUGUAUUGGAAGUUAACAGAGGUUCUACGUUCAUCUCAGCAUAUCUCAAUCGUCAGGCGAUUACAUUAUUGUCCGCAUUAGGAAUUCCUGGUGAAGUAUUUAUUGAAUUAUAAGAUUUACGAGUUAGGGAAUUGGAUAAAAUGCUUGAUGGUGAACAUACGGCGUUGGACAAAGGAAUGUUGAUGAAUAUGGAAUUUCAAUCUCAUUUACUGAUCUUGCCAAAGCGGG